AUGGGUAAUUCUGAAUUUUAGAAAUAAGAAACUGUAUACGAAGCUAGAAGAGUUUCAACAAAGCUGCAUCAUUCAUCAGGAAUUGAUAUUAGUUCUGGAGGUUAUUUUAAACAUGAAGGGGUGAUAGUUAGAACAUAAUAAGGUAAUAGAUAUCUAAUCCAUCAUCCUGGUCUAAUUUCAACUGUUACUGUGACAGAUGAUUUUCAGGAUAGAGAAUGGGAGACAAAAGAAAUUAUAAAAGUUAAAGGUACUCCAACAGUGGAUGAAGUAAAGGAAAGCGCUGAUGGCCUAACAAAUCUUCCAGUUGUAAAUUAUCUAACAGCACUUACUUGCAUUGGAGCUGCAUCAAGAGCAUAAGAAACUUUAGAAGGAAAAUAACCUAUAAUCAGUAAAGGACAAACAUUAGGUCUUAUAACAACAGUCUUUUUAACAUUUUGUCAAUGA